AUGAUGAAAUCUCGCAUUACCAAACCGGCGCCGAAGGCUUGCUUCAUGGCUAUGCCAGAGGAAGUCCUGGCUAGGAUUCUAUCCUAUGCUUCCACUCAUGACGACACAAUUAUACCCGAACAGUUGGCACCCGGAUCUGCAAAAUUCUCUAUCCAGGCCGAUCCUGCAACUCCUCUCGGUAGCGGCUACUGCCCAGCCUUAACCAGAAAAAAGGGUGCACUUCCUGCCGAGUUAUCAGCCUUAGACGUUGCCAGAACUUGCAACACCUUCCAUAAUGUUGUUGACGGAGACAAAAUGUUCUAUGCCAACAACACCUUCGAGUUUACCAGCACGCAGUUCCUCCUAAACUACCUUGUUGCGCUUCCAUCCGAACGUCGAAAUGCCGUUCGAUCUCUCAAAGUCAAAUAUGACUACCAUGGUGUCCCUGUUGCCGCAUUCAUUGUGCUUGCGGUUUGUUAUAGACUUGAACACCUGAUACUCGACAUUGGAGGGAUGACGAACUUUUUCAAUCCUGGUUUGACCAACUUCAGUCAAGCUCCGGGUUAUGCGCAAUUGAUGGCCUUGAGGGGACUGAAGUCGGUUAAGCUGGCAUAUGGAAACAAGAGCUGGACCUUGAUCGACGAUAUCCUCGCCCGUAUUCCUCGUGCUUGGGUGUCGCAAGAGAAAGCAGAGUCUGAGAAGGCGGUUCUCCGGGUCCUCAAGCAACUCGAAAAUGAUAUUAACCGGGCCACUACCCAGCCUCGAGCUCACGGCUCUGUCGCUAGAGGGGUAUUGAAAUAUGCUAUGAGUCAGGCAGCAGUCAAUGCGUGGGGCGACACUAUAAAUGGCAUGCUCACACCACAAGGACAGGCCACAACUGAUCUUUUCAACAAUAACAAUCAUAAUAUAAACCAAGGAAUUGCCCUCUCGGUGAUCCCGGCCGUUCAGCCACCAACUCUCUCAGAGACGGAUCAAUGGGUGGAAAUGGAUCGUACUAAUCUGGCAUCUUGGGAUGUCUGA